AUGGCCACUGAAGAAAAACAACAUACCUACUACUCUGAGUGGUUGUACAAUGAUGCUAAUGCAGAAACAAGCAUUUCUUUUAUGGGUGCGUCAUUGGUACUGAAAGGACGAGAGGACUUGUAUAGUACCGCACUAGGACUUGUAACCAGCAUGAAUCUAUCAGAUAACAGUUUCAUAGGAGAGAUUCCAAAAGAAGUUGAAACUCUCAUUGGGCUAUUGUCAUUAAAAUUUUCAAGGAAUCUCCUAACAGGAAAUAUACCAGACAACAUUGGCAACUUGAAGUUGACGGAAUCUCUUGAUUUGCCGAUGAAUCAAUUGCAUGGUGGAAUCCCUUCAAGUUUGUCCAAUUUGAACUUCUUGAAUCACUUCAACGUGUCCUACAACAACCUAACUAGACAAAUCCCAACAGCCACUCAGCUUCAAAGCUUUGAAAUCUCUUCCUUCUUGGGCAAUUAUCUUUGCGAGCCUCCCCUCAGAAAAGCUACAGCGCUGAAGGUUUUCUGA